GCUUCUUGAGUUUCUUGAAGAAGACACUACACUCAGCAGCCAACGCGAUGAACGUGCUCGGCCCUUCCCUCGCACCAUACAUUCGCUCCUCGCGGACACUCAAGAAAUAUGUGACGCCAAUUGCUCACUGGUAUGCCAACCUCAUGGGCUACCGCAAGAUGGGUCUCAAAUAUGAUGACCUCCAGGUUGAAGAGAGCCCACAAGUGCAAAGGGCAAUCGGUCGCCUAACUCCGCGAGAGACUUAUGACCGCGCCUACCGCUUCAAAAUUGCAAGUAACUGUGAUCUUCACCACAAACCUUUACCCAAAGAACAGUGGUCGAAGCCUGAAGAUGACAAGCGAUACCUCAAGCCUCAUAUUCAGAGCGUUCUCAAGGAAGAGGAGGAGAGAUUCACCUGGGACACGAUGACCGUUCAACGCAAAUAGACAUUCGCAUCCGUGUAGACUCGCAAUUGCGACUAUCCUUAAUUCACACAUAUCGACGAUGCCCUCACCAGAGGUUCCAUUCCCCAGUGGGCACAUCCAAUGUGACCGAUGGAACUACUGUUCGCUUGAACCAUAAACAAUUAUAUUCCUUCUGUUUGGUAGGCCCAUGAGAGACUUCGUUUGAACCGCAAUUUGUCAAAAAUCAAUCUAUUUCAUUACAGCAUUGUUACACUGUGCUUUCUAUAAGUAAUCUAUCCUAAUUGCAGGACCGGCG